GUAAUCUUCCAUGAAAACUUCUCUCUCUAAAUUUGGGGAAAUAUUUUCCUCUACCUUUCUUUCCAGAUUACUUGAUUUCUCCCUUUGAUCGUCUUUUAAUUGGGAGUUACUAGUAAUUUAUUGCGAUUUAUCAUUUAUCGCUGGUAAUUAUUAAAGGUGGAAGUGUGAGAAAUCCUGAAACUUUUUGAUGAUAAAAAGGCAUCUCAUACAACAUGCAUCGGAGCACACAGUUCGGGGGUCAUAUGAUUGAUUCGCAAACAAAUCAGCAAGGUCCCAGUCAUUUACAUCCUGAAUCUUGUAUCUUUUAUGGGACUGCUUCAAACUUUCUUCAGCCUAAUAUCCAUUCCAUGGUUCCUGCUCCAGGGAACCCUUGUAAUUUUAAUUAUCAACAUACACCAGAACAUCAUGAUGGUGCUUUAUUCUAUGGGUUGACACAGUACAGUGCUGUCCACCAUCAGCCUCCGGCCUCAAAUCUCGAUUUAACUGUUGCCGCGCCAUCCGGUCAUUAUAAUCCAUAUGUGGCACCUCCAUCUGGUAUUAGGGAUUUCCCUGUUCCGGUAAAUCAUGGGGUGCAUGAUCAGUUGUCACUAUCAAGCACUCACAGAACUGUUGGUAUUCCUACAGAGAACUACAGAAGAAUCAUUCCUUACAUGGAUGGAGUCGGAGGCUCAUUUAAGAUGAAGAAUGUUGAAGGUUUUCCUGGAAAUUAUUAUUAUCAUAAUGCUUUAGUGGGCCUUAGUUCUGUUAUUUCUCCUGUGACUUCAAGGCCGACUGAGUCCGUUGCUGCUUCUUUUCUGCCACCUGAGUAUGCAGGUGAUGACCCUACAUCAAUGGUCGAAAGUGGAUCUCAUGGAAGUUUGAGUAAUAGACCUGGUAUAGUUAGACCUGAAUCUGCUAUGGCACAAAACCCUAAUCAUUUUCAAGGAAAUCAUGUCGCUCAAUCAUGGCAGUUUCCCAGCAAUCCUUGGUUGAACAUGCAUUUUAACAAUGGUGAUAACGGCCCUUGUUGGAACCAGGCUCUCAAUUCACCCUAUGCGCAUGCAAAUGUGAAUGGACCUUAUGUUGAAGCUGGGAAUAUUGGCGUACAAGGUUAUCAAAUGACAGCCAUUAACAGAAGUUCCAGUGGUUUUCAUCGUUCUCCCAUUGCUCAGGGCCACCCCCAUCUUCAUCAUCCAUCUCCACCUACGCAAGGGGUUGGAAGAUAUAAUUAUAACUUUCCGUCUCAAGUGGCUGCAUCUUCACUUAGAACAUCGACAAUCAGUUCUUCAAAUAGUGGCGUCAAUGCUCUCCAGGAUGUUGCAGAUGCUGGGCCUACAUUUGUAGCACCUGUUUUGCCAACAGGCUUUGGGUUGUACGAACCUCAUAGAAUGGAACUCGUACUUGAUUCAAAUGCAAGGCACCACAACCUCCCUCAUUUGAGGGUUCUGCCAGAAGAUGGAGUUGCCAUGCUAGAGAUUCCCGGCUAUAAUGAAGCAGGAGAUUCUAUAGAUCGACACUGGGAUAUGCGUCUGGAUAUAGAUCACAUGUCGUAUGAGGAGCUUCUUGCACUGGGGGAUCAGAUUGGUAAUGUUGGCACUGGAUUGUCUGAAGAAGCCAUUCAAAAUAAUUUGAGAACAAGAACUAUCACUUCAUCGGCACCUUGUUCCAAUAUUGAAGAGGCAGCAUGCUUGGAUCAGAAAGUCAAUUUAUGUGUCAUAUGCCAGAUCGAUUAUGAGGAUCAAGAAAAUAUUGGGAUCUUGAAUUGUGGACACGAAUGCCAUGGAGAUUGCAUAAAGAAGUGGCUGCUCGUGAAAAAUACUUGUCCCAUAUGCAAAUCAACGGCAUUGAUAAUUGACAGGAAGGAUGUGUAAAUAAAGGAGGCAUUUGUAGUUGAAAGACCAGUUUAACAAACAGGGCCUUCUGUCAUUUUACAAACAUUCAUAGUAUGAACUUUUUGGUUAUGUAUUUAUGUAAAUGCUUUCAGGCAUAAAGUGGCAGUCAACAUUUGUCCAGUUGCUGGCUUUUGUGUCUGUCUCUUGCAAAGUGUACAGAUUUUCUCAUUUGUUUGUUGAAUUCUGCAUGGAACCCUCUAUUUACUACUAGUUGAUUUAUUCUGCUGAAUGCUCAAAGGAUUUUGCUUUUA